AUGGCUGUCAUCAAGAAUGCAAGAAACACUGAAUGCUGGCAAGGAUACAGGAAAAGGGAACUCUUCUACGUGGUCGGUGGGAAUGUAGGGGUAAAGUUUUCGGGUCCGUCACGUGACCCUGACAGGUCCGGCCUAUGGCGCGGCGGACCACCCACGCCGAGGGCCACGGAGCGGCUUAAUAGCAACAGCCUUGGGAUUGUGCGUCCGCGCCGCGCUCGCCGAGAGACUCGCGGCCCGCGUCGGGGUUCUUACCCUUUCCGCUGCUUUUGUAAAGACGGAGGAGGAGGAAGAGAAGACGAAGAGCAAGACCGAGAAAAAGACGACGACAGGAAAGACAAAGAGACCCGCGGCGGCCCGGCCAGGGGGAGACCGAAAAGGCCGGGAGAAGACGGAGAAGCGUUGGACGAGCAAAAAAGGGCUGGAUGUGAACUCCAAGCCCAGGUCCGCGCCCUCGGCACCGCGCUCCGGGCAGGGGCUGACGGCCGGCGAUGCCCGGUGGUGGCCCCUGGCUCGCGAGUGGAGGCAGAGCUGGCGAUCGCGGAGCUGGUGUGGAGAGUGACAGCGCCGGGGGCGGGCGGGCGGGGGGCUCCGGGAGCGCGCGCGCGCGGACGCGGGUCCUCUCCUCCGGAGGGCGCGGGCGCACGCCUUCGCACCCACGCCAGGGCUCCAGGAGCCCCGCGGAAACACCUGGCUGAUUAG